ACCGCCCUAUGACGUACACAUUUUCCAGUACCGAAUAUGAAUAAAUACCUUCCAGGCCUUCUGCUCAUGCGCGGUGCAUAUCCACAGGCACACAGAGAGGUGGACGGGUUCCAGAAACGCCCCUUUCUUUUAUUCAGGGCUUCCGGAAACAUGUAAAUCCGUCAAUAUUUCGGGAUCGAUCUUCUUUUUUACCAUAUACAGUGCUUCCUCAUGUAUGCUACGUACAUGACAAAGUGAAAAAGAAAUUGUCUUAGAACUCAGUAAUUAUGCGCGCUCCUUCAUGUCUGAAACAUUUAUUCACACUUCUGUCUUUUGACGUCAAAAAGUUUCAGAGAUGCGGUUACGUAAGAAGCGAAUAUGAUUCUCCCAGCGAAUGUAAGACACUCCUUUGAAGGGAGAAGAGGAGACAAGUUGUGUGACUCCACUGCCCGCCUACAGAAAUAUCGCAUUCACAGAGAGACGGAGAGCACUAAGGUGUUCGUCCAGAUUUUGCAGAAAAAUGAUGACACCGAAGGAAAAACAGAGUGAAGCCUCUGAAAGGAGAAAAAAAUUAAAUAAUGAUGAAGAAUUUUCUGCGAACAAAGUACAGAUCAUGACUUUGGAUUUCCUUCUUCACGUAGCUGGCAUUGUUCCGCCCAACAAUGCAACACCGCUCAUAAGAUUUUUGUACAAAGUAUUUCAAACAGUGAUUUUUACAUUAUAUAUAUUAGCGUUGUUAGGGCAGAUGAUGGCAGUAUAUGUCAACUGGGGAAAUAUUCCUGUGCUUUCCAGUACAAUGAGUUACACGAGUGGCUUCCUUCUAUCAGUCAUUCUCUGCUUGUAUUUCCUACACAACAAAGAUAAAUUCACGAGGCUUAUAGAUUUGUUGAGAAAUGAAUUUGUGGCCAAAAUUAACUCUAAGUAUAUCAAAUUCAUUGACACCGCAGAACGUCAAAUUCGACUGUCAGUUACACUCUCAGCCCCUUUCGCUACUUCUUUAGGUCUCAUUUCGAUCGUAGCGCCAUUCCUGAGUAAGAGUAGCUUUUCGAAUUUUGAUAACAACACUGUAACUACAGAUGGGAAGAAAUGGGGCAGACUGAUGUUCGUGAUAUGGUUUCCUUUUGCAAUUGAAGAGUCGCCUCAAUUGGAGAUAAUCAUGGUCUUGCAAAUUAUCCUCAUGUGCUUUGCAGUAUUAAUGCUGGUUGCCGUUGAUGCAACAUUUCUGUUACUGAUAACCCAUGCAGCUGCUCAAUUCAAGGUUUUAUGUGCAAUGCUGAAUGACAUGCAUGAGAAUAUCUCUGAAGUUGAGUUGAACAGAACAAAGCAAAUGUCCCCGUUGCAAGAUACUGCAGAAUUCAACCUUAUGAAGGAUCCCUUGACUUCAGCAGAUGAUAUCACGUGUCACGAAUUGGGGAGUGGAAAUUCUGCAAGCCGCAAGUCUGAGACGGCGGUUCUAGAAAACUGUCACAUGAACAAAGAUCCGUUCCAGUUGUACCUUGCUGAAUGCAUCAAACAUCACCAAGCUAUAAUCGAGUUUGUCGCUAAUAUCAACGAAGUCGUGAGUUUAGUUACGUUCGUGAGGAUAGUAAACUUCCCACUUAUCCUGUGUAUGACAGGAUUUGAAAUGACACAGAAUCUUGGCAACCUUGAACAAUUCCUUAAGUUCGCCUCUUUCUUCGUUGCAGCUCUGUACUUAAUAGGAGGUUACUGCUUGUUUGGCCAACAAGUAAUUGACGAGAGUGAGAAGGUACAGCUGGCAUUCUAUAGCACUGACUGGUACAGCCAGACAGCGGGAUACAAAAGUCUGCUGCCUCUGGCGAUCAUGAGGGCCUCAAGACCGGUGACCGUGAGGGCUGGAGUCUUCUUUGACUUGUCGCUCCUAACUUUCUCAUUGUUGGUGAAUGCUUCUUAUAGAUAUUUCACGAUGCUCAUUCAACUGCAUGACUCCUAAAAAGAAGAUGGGCUGGGUACAAAGAAGAAGCUGACCGUAGCAAUUCCAGUUUGCCCCUGUGAAUAGUAACACAAUGGGAACAACUGGCUUGCACAUUGCGUUUGAUGUAUCCAUACAGAAAUAUUUGGAGUGCAUUUUUAGAAGCCAUUUUUGCUGUUCGUGUUAGUUGCUUAUAUUUAAAAACUGUACGUAUUACUAUCCACACAGCUCACUGUUGUCAGCUUCAGAACAUAAUACCUGUUGGACAAGCCGUAUAGAAGUGUUUGUAUUCAUGCAUUCAAGGGCACUUUUUUUAAUUGUCACAGAUAUACAUGUAAAGAACAUUAAUUGGUACUUGACCAAAAGGUCUAAGAUAUCUUAAAAUAAGUAGAAAACAAAUUAUAUCAUCUUUAAUGUUGUUUAGAAUUUAGAUAUUUCACUAAAUGCUUUCAGCAAAUUCUAAAAUUUUUUCACUCAUAUCCACUGAUACUUUGUUUUAGAAUGGAAAUUUUCUAAAUAGAAUAAAUAUAUGAUGGUUUAAUGAAACGUUGUGAAUUCUAUUGUGAAGAUGCAGGAAAAUAAAAGAAUAAAUAGGAGAGAGAUACGAGAUCAAGGGAACAAGUAUUGUGAGAUAAGAGGAAGAGAAAUAGAAGAUGAUAAAAUAUAACUUUAAGAUAGUUUAACAAUGUCGGCCAUGGUGAAAUAUUUCAGUAAUUCUCGCAAUUAUUUCAAUAGUAACGUGAUGUGGAUUGUUGUAGGGUUCAGUAUUUUAUCCAGCAGUUCUCUGUGUAUGCACGUAAAUUUCCAUUGAUGGAGAUGCUUUAAGAGCCACGCAAUAAAUAUAAGUGUACUUAGCAGAAGUGUAUAAGUUGCAUUCCGUGUUAGUGUUCCUUUACGCCAUAGCUGUAAUGUUGUACACUGAACAGGAUGACUUAGUUGUCAAUGUCUGUAAUCUAAGUGUGUGUAUGGCACGAGGCCUGCUCUCUGAUUGGAGAGCACUUGUAAUGAAUCACAGUGCAAUUUAAGGGGACAUUUUCUAAUAAUAGAAUCAGUUCUCUGCAACUGCAGCACACAUUCUCCUGUGGAGAGAAAACCGCCUUUUUAAAAAAUGUCUGACAUCAAUAGAGCGGUAAUACCUCACUUCAAUGUUGCAGAUUUAUGCAUUGUAAUUUGAACAAAAAGUUGAAAUGUUCUAUCUUCUGAUUAUUAACGCCGUGCACUCAUUUGAAAGUCAACUUUGUACCAGACUAAACGGCAUCACAUCUCAGAAGAUAGAAUCCUUCAUUACCAUCGCUGUAAUAACCUUAAAUCCUACAUAUAUAUACUCGUAUAUAAUAUUUGUAGUUUCCUUUAAUGUCUGUAAGUAGCAACUGUAUUCAUUAUAGAAUGGUGAGAUAAUAGAAGAAUUGUAAUAAAAGAAAGGGAGUGAUCGUGA